AGCCCACAAACAGCAAUUACUAAAUUGAAACGCCCAAAUAUAAAUACUAAAUAAAAGGCUGAUGAAACGACAUCGCUAAGUGGAGUAAGUGAGCAAAAGCGGUGUCGUUUUGAGCUAUGUUUUCAUACAUAAAAUUAGUUUCUUACGGGAAAAAGAGCAUAAACAGAAGAUAGGAGAGAGAAAGGAAGGGGGAAGACCAAAAAUGGGUUAUGUGUUGAGGGUGAGAUUGGCUUCAUUCUUCACCGGGGCAGCAACGGCAUCGUUUCUGGGUCUCUACGUCCUCUACAAGGAUUACAAGGUUGCCCAUGAAUCCAUCACCCAACAGGUGAAAAGUCUUCAUGAGUCCCUAGAUAGGCGAAUCUCUGCUGUGGAAAGUUUGAAACGAGUUGAAACUUCGCAGCAUGUAGAAGCAGCAGAAUAGGUCCAUUGUUGCAAAAAAGAUUUCCUAAAUAUGCAAUUGGUUCCUGGGUAAUGUUUUUGUUCUCCUGAUGAAAAAUAAUUGUAGCUGAACUUUAUGUACUUCUGGAUAGAAUGAUGGUAUCCUCGGCCAGUUGACAUAAUUUGCCACACUUAAUUCUGUUUUUUUUUCUAAAUUGGGUGAAACAGUGAUUGUAUUUGAAAAUUAAGUUUAUGAGAAUCUAGACUGCCCGUGGUUUGUUGUAUU